AUGGAAGAUGGACCACCCACGCCUGGCAGCGGCGACCGCCGUGAUGCAACCAGCCGUCGCAAGACCUUCUCUGGAGCAUUGCGACAUGCCGGGAAUACUACGGACACGACUUCACCAGCUGGAGACAUGAGACUGCCUUGGAGCUCACCUUCUGCGCCAUCUUCUCCCUCGAAUGGCGAUGACACGAGCAGUCCUUCUCCAGCCACGUCGCAGCGGACGCAUCGCCGAACAAUAUCUGGCAGUCUAUUCCAGCGCUUCAACUUCUUGCGACCGUCAAGUGACAACCUGCGACCUCCAUCACGUGAGAAGGAUGUCGCACCGCCAAAGAGCCCGAAAAGCUUCAAGAGCCGGAAGAGCAUUGACGAUGAGUCGCCGAUCGUCUCGCCCACCUCGCCCACAAAGGAGAGUGCUAUGGCGUUCGCUUUGCGACCGGUCAAGACACGAAAGCGUAAGAGUUCCUUGCGAAAGACGGCACUGCUAGGCACGAAGCGCAUACUGUCUGAGGGUCGGGAACGGAAGAACAGCUUGUCGGCUAAGAGCCCGCUGGGUCAGUCGCCGUACCAACCUCAGGUGGUGCAGAAUCAGGAGCCACAUCGAAUAGCCAACGGUCCAGACGAUACUGAGAGCACGGGUCCAAUUGCGCCAACCUCAGACCACGCCAAAUCUGCAACUCCAAGCUUACGAAGACAAUUCAGCUAUGAGUCCGACAACACGCCAAGUAGUAGCGAUGGAAGUAUCAUGGAGCUGUCAGCUGCGACCGCUGCUCGGUUGACACUUCUCACCGAGCAUACUGCUGUACCGGUCAAGCGAGAAGUCUCCGCAGCAUCAUCCAGCAAUGAUCUACUAAGCCCGCUGGACCUCAAAUCGCCCACAAGCCAAGCUAGCUAUGCUUCCACCACAGACGACGACGACGUCCUCACCUUCGACCGGCCGGUGAACCACCAGACCCAUCUCAGCCUACCCAAACCACUAUCGUCAGCCGCAACAAGCUACUUCCCAAUCUCAACCGGCUCCCUCUACCCUGCCUCGCCUCCGCCACACGACUACACCGAGACCGAAUACUGGGGCUGGAUUAUCCUGUUCGUGACCUGGUUGACUUUCACCGUAGGAAUGGGUUCUUGUCUUGAGAUCUGGAGCUGGGCUUGGGAUGUUGGCGAGACUCCUUAUGCGCCGCCGGAACUGGAGGACGAUCCUACGUUGCCGAUUGUGGGGUAUUAUCCGGCGUUAAUUGUGCUCACGGGUGUGGUUGCUUGGGUGUGGAUUACGGUGGCUUGGGUGGGGAUGAAGUAUUUCCGGCAUGCUAAGAUUGAGGUGUAG